GGAGUGAGUGUGCCCGAUCACCGGGCGGCGUGCAGGACCCGGGAAAGGGAUCCAUCCACAAGGCUCAGCCCAGGUUGGAACAGUUGGAACUCUUAUUGUACAACAUGCUCCGAUUAAGUCUCUCACCCAGCCUGUCAAUGGGAUUUCGUCUGGUAGCUCUGGUGGCCCUCUUGUUUUCCCAUGUUGACCAUAUAACUGCAGAUACAGAGGCAGAAGCAGGAGGAAAUGAAACCGCUGAAUGUACUGGCUCAUAUUACUGUAAGAAAGGAGUGAUUUUGCCCAUUUGGGAACCCCAAGACCCAUCUUUUGGGGAUAAAAUUGCUAGAGCAACUGUGUAUUUUGUGGCCAUGGUCUACAUGUUCCUUGGAGUUUCAAUUAUUGCCGAUCGGUUUAUGUCCUCUAUAGAAGUUAUUACCUCUCAAGAAAAAGAAAUAACCAUAAAGAAACCGAAUGGAGAGACCACCAAGACUACGGUGAGGAUCUGGAAUGAGACUGUGUCGAACCUGACCUUGAUGGCCCUGGGAUCUUCUGCUCCUGAGAUUCUCCUGUCAGUCAUUGAAGUGUGUGGCCAUAACUUUACUGCAGGGGACCUUGGUCCCAGCACCAUUGUGGGAAGUGCUGCCUUUAACAUGUUCAUUAUCAUUGCUCUUUGUGUUUAUGUGGUCCCUGACGGAGAGACGAGGAAAAUUAAGCAUCUGCGUGUGUUCUUUGUGACAGCAGCCUGGAGCAUCUUUGCCUAUACCUGGCUUUAUAUAAUUUUGUCUGUCAGCUCUCCUGGUGUUGUAGAGGUCUGGGAAGGAUUGCUUACUUUCUUCUUCUUUCCCAUCUGUGUUGUGUUCGCUUGGGUAGCAGACAGGCGGCUCCUCUUUUACAAGUAUGUCUACAAGCGGUACAGGGCUGGCAAGCAGAGAGGGAUGAUCAUUGAACAUGAAGGUGACAGACCAGCUUCCAAAACUGAAAUUGAAAUGGAUGGGAAAGUGGUCAACUCUCAUGUUGAAAAUUUUCUAGAUGGUGCUCUGGUUUUGGAAGUUGGUGAGAGGGACCAAGAUGAUGAAGAGACGAGGCGUGAUAUGGCAAGGAUUCUGAAGGAACUUAAGCAGAAGCAUCCGGAGAAAGAAAUCGAACAAUUAAUAGAAUUAGCCAACUAUCAAGUCCUAAGUCAACAGCAAAAAAGCCGAGCCUUUUACCGGAUUCAAGCUACUCGCCUGAUGAUUGGAGCUGGCAACAUUUUGAAGAGGCAUGCAGCUGAUCAAGCAAGGAAGGCUGUCAGCAUGCAUGAAGUCAACAUCGGCAUAGCUGAAAACGACCCAGUCAAUAAGGUCUUCUUUGAGCAAGGGACAUACCAGUGUCUAGAGAACUGUGGUACUGUGGCUCUCAACGUUGUUCGCAGAGGGGGUGACUUGAGCAGCACUCUGUUGGUUGACUUCAGGACAGAAGAUGGCACAGCCAAUGCUGGGUCUGAUUAUGAAUUCACGGAAGGGACUGUGAUCUUCAAACCAGGGGAGACCCAGAAGGAAAUCAGAGUUGGCAUCAUUGAUGAUGAUAUCUUUGAAGAAGAUGAAAACUUCCAUGUUCAUCUUAGCAAUGUCAGAGUCUCUACAGAAGUUUCAGAAGAUGGCAUACUAGAAUCCAAUCAUACAUCUACAAUUGCUUGUCUUGGGUCACCCAGCACUGCCAUCAUAACCAUUUUUGAUGAUGACCACGCAGGCAUCUUUACGUUUGAGGAACCCGUGACUCACGUAAGCGAGAGCAUUGGCAUCAUGGAGGUGAAGGUGUUGAGAACCUCUGGGGCCCGAGGAAAUGUUAUCGUUCCCUAUAAGACCAUUGAAGGCACAGCACGAGGUGGAGGGGAGGACUUUGAGGACACCUGUGGAGAGCUCGAAUUCCAGAACGAUGAAAUAGUCAAAACAAUAUCAGUCAAGGUAAUCGAUGACGAGGAGUAUGAGAAAAACAAGACCUUCUUCAUUGAGCUUGGAGAACCCCGUCUGGUGGAGAUGAGUGAGAAGAAAGCCCUGUUGUUGAAUGAGCUUGGUGGCUUCACAUUAACAGGCCAACCUAUCUUCAGGAAGGUUCAUGCUAGAGAUCAUCCGAUUCCCUCCACUGUAAUCAGCAUCUCAGACGAAUAUGAUGACAAGCAGCCAUUGACCAGCAAAGAGGAGGAGGAGAGACGCAUUGCAGAAAUGGGGCGUCCCAUCCUAGGCGAGCACACCAAGCUGGAGGUGAUCAUCGAAGAGUCUUACGAAUUCAAGAGCACGGUGGACAAACUCAUUAAAAAGACGAACCUGGCCCUUGUUGUGGGGACCAACAGCUGGAGAGAGCAGUUUAUCGAAGCCAUCACCGUCAGCGCUGGGGAAGAUGACGACGAUGAUGAAUGUGGGGAGGAGAAGCUACCCUCCUGUUUUGAUUACGUGAUGCACUUUCUCACAGUGUUCUGGAAGGUUCUGUUUGCCUUCGUCCCACCUACAGAAUACUGGAAUGGCUGGGCCUGCUUCAUUGUCUCCAUCCUCAUGAUUGGCCUACUGACAGCCUUCAUUGGAGAUCUGGCUUCCCACUUUGGCUGCACCAUUGGUCUGAAAGAUUCUGUGACUGCAGUUGUGUUUGUCGCCCUUGGAACCUCAGUACCAGACACAUUUGCCAGCAAAGUAGCAGCUACCCAGGACCAGUAUGCAGAUGCGUCUAUAGGCAAUGUCACUGGAAGCAAUGCUGUGAAUGUCUUCCUGGGAAUCGGUGUGGCUUGGUCCAUUGCUGCCAUCUACCACGCGGCCAACGGGGAACAGUUCAAAGUGUCCCCUGGCACGCUAGCUUUCUCUGUCACUCUCUUCACUAUUUUUGCUUUCAUCAACGUGGGGGUGCUGCUGUAUCGGCGGAGGCCAGAAAUAGGAGGUGAGCUGGGAGGGCCCCGGACUGCCAAGCUCCUCACAUCGUCCCUGUUCGUGCUCCUGUGGCUCUUGUACAUUUUCUUUUCCUCCCUGGAGGCCUACUGCCACAUAAAAGGCUUCUAAAAGAACAAUCAGAUAUAGUAAAUUUAUAUAUAUAUGUAUACAUAUAUAUAUAUACAUAAAAAUUAUGUAUAAUGAACAGAGGAAACUGACAUUUGUCAUGUUCACUUAACCUGCUGAUGGAAUCCAGCUUCAAGAACAUACUCUGUACAAGGCCGGAAGUCAGAAACCAUCAUCUCCCAUUCCCGGGCAUCAUCAAGUUGAACAAGGCGUGGAGACAGGGCCAUCUUGCAGCUCGUCCUAGAAGAGCUCCGAGGUCAUUAAUGCUUAAGGCUUUUAUUUGUUUUCUUGUUUUGUUUUUUGUUUUGUUUUGUUUUGCUUUGUUUCCAGCGGUGGGAGAGGGUUAGGGGUAGGUGGCUGAUUUUUGGCUUUUGGUUUUUGGUUUGGUUUUGAUUUGCUUUGUUUGAAGGGCCAAGAUCCUACUUUUUACAAAAAGUAGUGAUCCACCCAAAGGUGAGUGGAUUUGGGAUCAACAUUAAAAUCAUUAAGAGUCUCCUCACCUCCUCCAAACUCUUUAAACAUUACUUUGGAUUAAGGAGAGGAUCUGGGCAUGGAAGAAGAAAAACGCACAUCUUCACUAUAUUACCAAAUUUUAUGCUUAUCUCCGGAAUGUGAACAGUGGUGAACUGCCUCCAGGAAGAAGCAUGGGAGCUGAAAAGGAGCCAGGAAAAGCAAUGGUUCUAGAUGUAGUCUAAGUAUAUGGUACCUGGCACUCUUGUUCAACAGGUACAUGGAUAAUGUGCCUAGAUUCCCAGGAACUUGCAGAAUUCUUCAUCCCUUAUCUCUUUAGCUCUGAACUGUGAUUAGUAAGACCCUUAUCCCUUCCAUCCCAGCCUACUCCCCAGGUUCUCCAUCCCAGACCACCACCCAAUCCCUGCAAGCAGGAAGAUUAACCCCACCAUUUCAGUCAUCGUGUGUGUCCGGGUCCCACGUUACUAUUGUGUGGGAUUUUUCCAUCAGUUUUAUUUUCAGUGGCAUCCAUGGCUUGCACAAUCCUGUCCCAGUCAUGACUGAACAUUUGCCCUCCUUCAUGUGCCUGUUUGGGACUGUUGUCGGGAUCCCCAUUACACAGUGCAUGGAUGAAAAACAAAUAAAACAAAGCGUAUUUGUAUAUAGUAGAGUAUAGCAAAUACUGUCCUCCCAUUCAGCGAUGUUGAUUGGACAUUGAAGACAUAAGUGAGUUUUCUUUUCACCUGAGUUAUUCCUUUUGAAUUGUUCUUGAGUUUGGAUGUUGAUAGGGAUAAAAGAAGAAAAUGGCUUAUUGUUCAUGAGUCUGCACGCUCAUUUCUAAGAAGCAAUAAUUGUCAUGUGAAGGGAGAUUAAGGCUAUUGAGAGGAUAGCAGGCAAACUACAAAGAUGUCCAUGAAAUAGUAGCCAUGUGGAGCGCAUCAGAGACCUCUAGGAAUCACCCAUUAAUUCAGGCAGGCCAAGGAGAAAGGCUGGGGAGACGAGUGGACACUUUGGAUGUGCCUGGACUUUUACAGCCAUGGUUUCCACACCACCCCUCCCCCAAAGUAUUUAUUGCACAUCUGCUCUGUCUGGCACAGAUGAUAGAUAGUGCUAGUUCUUUUUUGUUUUUGUUUUUUUAAUGGAGAAGGCCAUUUUGAGCCCUGUUUCGUUCACCUCUCAGUCCAGACUUUUUGAAUUUGUUAGCAACUCCUGAGAGGAAAAGAAGUCUGAGUGACCAGUGGGACUUUUAGAGGUCCACUGGGUAUGACCAAGAGAAAGUUACUCAAAGAGACUGUGGAGUUUUUAACACUUUGCAAGGAAUGGCUCUUUCCAUUCAAAAGUACCAAAGAGCAGAGAUGAACCCAACAUUCCAAAAGCUGUGAUUCUACUAAUGGAAAUGGGAUGGCUUUGCCCAUCUCUCAGACAAUUCUCUCAGCCUCCUUGGCCCUCUGCAUUGACUCCAGAUACUUAAGAAAUAAAUGUCGCUGAGAACUUCUUUCCCUUCAUCUGCUCAGUGACCAUAGCUGUUCAUUGUUUAAUCAACAUCUAGUGACUGAGUGAAUAGAGACUUGUUGCCCAUUCAAUAGGCCAGGUAAUACUACAACCUGGGAGCUGAACAGUGACCAAGACAGCCCAGAUUCCUGCUCCCAGUGAGUAUUUAGUGAAUGAGAUUCCUACUCAUAGAGUAAGAGGUGACACUGAGACAGUUUUUAUCUUGCAAGAGAAAAAUAAUUAUGACUUUUAACAUAGUCACAUGAAAAUUGCACAACAAAGGCAGUUGACCAAAUGCUCAUGUUUUGUUUUUCCUAAGAGAAUGUAAUGUUUAGCUCUGGAAAAGUACUCUUUAUAGCCUUGGCCAACAUGCAGGUAUUUUCAUCUUCCUAAUUUAGACCAAGCAGGGCACUAUGGUGGUGACCAAUAUCACUGGGAAGACCCAAUUAGCCUGUUUUUAAAUCUCUGUGGCAAUGGUACCUUUCCAUAACAACAUGCCACAGGCCACCAACAGUGGUGACACAGGAGACUCCUCAAUGGAGCACUCUAAGACAUCCUGUUUUGAUUGUUUUAAUCUUAAUUUUAGAUUUCAAAAGUGGAAAGCUAGCCUAGAAAUACCCAAUAUAUAUAGUCAAAGGAUAUACGUGGUUAAAAAUCUUAGAAAGAAUUUGCACUGGUUUUUGUUUUGUUCUGUUUUGUUUUGUUUUGAAGCCAUCUUUGGAAUGUCAAUAAUUCUGUAGUGAAUUUUCACAGAGAACUUCCCAAGAACUUCUUGCUGUUGGUCAGUUUCAAGUUCAAGCUUUUUAGUUUGUUUACCUUUUCAGUCUUCAUGCUGUAGGGAAAAUCUGAUUCUGGAUGUUCAGGGUUCUUAAUUAUUAUGUGUAAAUGAUUUCAUUUUAUUUGUUUGAUUGUUUUUAUUUUGCGUGUAUUGUGCACGGCUUUAAGGGGACAGGCAUUCACGGUGCUGUUCCUUGCAAUUGGUACACAUUAUUGACACAGAAAAAAAAAAUAAAGUUUCUAACUGUUUGUGAUUUCAUCACCAGUGGCACAGCAUGUUCUAUACUGUGGAAUGUCCCCUUUCCUCACUGUCACCUACUUCAUUUUCGGUUGUUUGUUUUCAUGCUUCUGAAGAAAUAAAGACCAAAAAGGUA